CACUUCGCUCACCUGUUGCGAUACUGCGUCAAUAGCACAGAACGUAGGAUGGAAGCAAUUUCGCAGGCACUGCAACCAUACAAGGAACACGUCGGGUUUACGGCCGGCCUCCUGACCGUCGGUCAGAUGUUUAGCGGCUGCUUUGUGUGCAACGACAUACGCAAGAAGGGUACAACGGAGGGUUUCUCACCGAUGAUGUUCAUCGGUGGUUGCGGACUAACCAUCCUCUUCCUGCAGCACGGUAUGCUGAUGGGCGAUCCGGCAAUGAUCACCACGAACAUCGUAGGAUUUAGCAUCAGCUUUGCGUAUGCUGCGUUCUUCGCGUUCUACACCCCGGCCGCUCUGAAGGGCAACUUUUGGCGACAAGUCAUGUGGUCGGGACUGUUCACGUUGGCAAUACUGCUGUAUGCAAAGUACGAGAAUCCGGCCGUGGUGGAGGACCGGUUCGGCAUGAUUAUUACCGUGCUGAUGUUGUGUCUGAUCGGGCAACCACUAUUCGGAUUGCCGGAAAUCAUUCGCCGGAAAACCACCGAAGGUUUGCCAUUCCCGAUGAUUCUGUCCGGUACGAUCGUUGGUCUGAGCUGGCUUCUGUACGGCGUGAUUCUGAACAACGUGUUUGUCGUGCUACAAAACCUCGCAGGCGUCUUGCUGAGUGGCAUUCAGCUGGCUCUGUUUGCCAUCUAUCCUUCCAAGCCGGCUCCACCAAGCAAGAAGCGCAAUUAAAAGGUGCUUGCUGGCCAUGUGAUGCGCCCAAGUGAAAUGAGAUUAGGAAAAACACAACAACUGUAGUUUCAAAAUGUCCAUAAUACACGAAAGGAAAUAUAGUAUAUAUAAAAUAAUGUUUUAUUCAGCUAUAAACAAGAUAAAGAUAAGAGAACAGUUUCAGUUCUUGGCUGUCUCGUGUAAAGGACCAUCGUUCAAAAUUGAAGUAUCUAGUGUGAUGUCGAGUUCUUGUG